AUGUCACAAACGAAGCAAAUAAAUUUGAAAAGUAAAGAAAUAAGUUUGAAAACUUCUGCUUCUCUAAAAGAAAAAGUUGAAUUUUAUCGUGAAUUUUCAAAAGUUAAAAAUACAGUCAACGUGACAAAUAAUUGGAUGGGUUUGUUAGAGAAGUUUCGAAAAGAACAAUUAUACAUUGGUCAAAUUCAAGAAGUAGAAAAUGAACAAGUUUUAAUUGAAAAAUUGUGUUCUUAUUUUGCUAAUAUGAGUAAAAAAGAUGGUUCCGACUAUUCUGUUAAUUCUGUUAGAGCUUCUUUUGCAGCUAUUAACUGCUUCCUUCAAGAUAAUUCAAAAAUUAAAAGUAUUGAUUUAUAUAAUGAUGUUCGUUUUAAAGAGAUAAGAAAAGUUGUAGAUGAAAAGAUUAGAUAUCUUUCUAAUAAUGGCAAAGGUGAAACCAAAGGAUCAGACUCAUUAGAAGCUGAUGAAAUAACCCAAAUUUUAAAUCAUAGAUUGUUAGAUGGCUCCACGCCUGAAAGAUUGUUAAGAAGAGUAUUUUUUAUAAAUGCAAUUUAUCUUGGACUUCGUGGUGGAGAACAUACAUUACUUAAUGCAACUGAUUUUGUUAAAAGUGAAGAUGAUGGAUACACUGUUUUUAUUUAUUGUUCUAAGAAUAAUCAACAUGAACCUGAUUUUUACCUUCAAGAAAUUGAAGAACAAUUUGCAUUAAGAACUGGUGUCUGGUAUAAGCCAAAUCAUGUAGGAUCCAAAAGAUUAAAUUCUUUUUUAAAUGAAAUUUGUAAAAUUACUGGCGUAAAUCUUAAUGGAAGGAAGAUUACUAACCACUCUGGACAUCGUGCACUUAUUCAAAAUUGUGAAAAAAUGGGAAUUCCAAAAGAAGAUAUUAAAUUAAUAUCUUGCCAUAGAUCUGAUGCUGGAUUAUCAUCAUACACUUUACCUACUGAUAAUAAAAAAAAUGAGAUUGUUGGACAGUUAAUGAAUAAAGUUCAUAGGCAGUUGACUUCGGUUAAUGAAAAAUCAGCAGAAAUAGUAAAUUCUCAAAUUUCAUGUAUGAAUGAAAAUAAUAAACAAAUAAUGGACAAAGAGGAUAAUAAUUUUAAAACUGCAAAAGAAGCUUUACUUGAAAAGUCUCGUGAAAAUCAACAAAAUACUAUUAAACAACCGUUAAAAUUAACUAAUACAAAUCCACAAUUAGAAAUUUCGAUGAAUGUUGAUCACUUUAAAGAGUUAUUUGAUUAUGGUAUAAUUUCUCAGCUUAACAGAAAAAUCAAUUUAGCAUAA